AUGCUCUCUACCGUGGCUCUGAUUCUAUCUGUUUCAUCGUUGGCCUCAGCAUCUCUGCAAGUGGGUUUCUAUAGCUCCACAUGUCCAUCUGCUGAGACAAUAGUGAGAAACACAGUAAACACAGCAAUUUCUGUUAACCCAGGCAUAGCUGCUGGUCUCAUCAGAAUGCAUUUCCAUGAUUGCUUUGUCAGGGGCUGCGAUGCUUCGGUGUUACUGGCAUCGGCACCAGGCAACCCAAUUGCGGAGAGAGACAACCCAAUCAACAACCCAAGCUUACGUGGGUUCGAGGUGAUUGAGGAUGCAAAGAACCAAUUAGAGGCUGCAUGUCCUCAAACGGUGUCGUGUGCGGACAUUAUUGCAUUCGCAGCACGAGACAGUGCUCUCAAAGUGGGUGGCAUAAACUACGACGUGCCAUCAGGACGCAGAGACGGUCGUGUCUCUAUUGGCGAUGAAGUGCCACAAAAUUUACCAGCACCAACCUUAAACGCUGAUGAACUUGUUAACAAUUUUGCACAAAAGGGGUUGUCAGCAGAUGAAAUGGUGACCCUUUCAGGUGCACAUUCAAUAGGUGUAUCGCAUUGUUCCUCGUUCUCAAAACGCUUAUACUCUUUCAAUGACACGUUUACACAAGACCCCUCAAUGGACCCCUCAUAUGCUGCAACGUUGAAAACAAAGUGUCCUUCACCACCAAGCAACACAGACCCAACAAUGCCUCUUGAUGCUUCCUCUCCUAUUCGUUUGGACAACAACUACUACGAGGGAUUCAUUAACCACCGUGGCUUGUUGACAUCCGAUCAAACGUUGUUGAACACCCAAUCCACAAAGGAAAUGGUUCUGACCAAUGCUAAUUAUGCUCCAAGUUGGGCUGCCAAGUUUGCACAGGCAAUGGUCCACAUGGGUUCGAUACAAGUGCUGACUGGCUCCGAUGGUGAGAUCAGAAGGCAUUGCACCUUUGUCAAUUAA